AUGUUUCCAAAAGCCCCCAGCGACUCCGUGGAUUGGAACCGACUCGGCCUACAAGGAUUCGAUCAGGCAUCUCACAUCGAGGUCUCGUACAAUGCCGAAACUGGGGGCUGGGGCGAGCCCAGAAUCGUCCAAGACCCGUGGUUGCGAGUCCACGGUCUCUCGCCUGGACUGAACUACGGCCAACAAUGCUAUGAAGGCGUGAAAGCGUGUCGGACGGCCGAUAAUCGUAUUCUGAUCUUCCGCCCGGAGAAACAUGCGGCUCGAAUGGUGAAUUCGGCAAAGGUGGUGUCCAUCCCACCGCUGCCAGAAGCAUUUUUCGUGGAAUGCCUGCAGCGUGUGGUGGGAGCCAACUCGGAGUUCGUGCCGCCGCAUGACAGUAAUGCAUUGCUGUACAUUCGUCCGAUUCUCUUCGGCUCGAGUGCACAGCUGGCGCUGACAUCGCCAAAAGAGUUCACCUUCUGCGUCUACAUCCAGCCAGGUUCCGCCUACCACGGGGUUGGUGCACAAGACGCCGUGGUGCUUGAGGAGUUCGAUCGAGCAGCCCCCCGGGGAGUGGGCAAUGCGAAGGUUGGCGGCAACUAUGCCCCGGUCAUGAGGUUCAGCGACGCAGCGCGUAAAGAAGGAUACGCCCUCACCCUCCAUCUUGACAGCGCCACUCGUACUGAAAUUGACGAGUUUUCCACCUCUUCCUUCAUCGGCGUUCGGGAAACUCAGGGUCAUUUUACCCUGGUUGUGCCGAAUAGCCCCAACGUCCUGCCCAGUGUCACCUCCGACACGUGCGUAGAAAUGGCCAAAUCUUUGGGCUGGACUGUUGAGAAGCGCAGCAUUAAAUGGGAUGAGCUUCCUUUCUUUUCCGAGGUCAUGGCUGUUGGCACUGCCACGCUGCUGCUGCCCAUCGGGUCGAUCACCCGCAAAUCGACGGGGGAGAAAUUCGUAUAUGGCCAAGGCAACAAGAACGCCGGCCCAUGUUGUCACGCCUUGCGCGAGGCUAUCGACAAUAUCAUGCGUGGCAAGGCUGAGGACACAAAGUCCUGGUGCACCCAACUCGUCGAGUUUCCGACUGCGGCAAGCGCAUAG